CUCCUCCCUUCUCCCCAGCCUGGCAGCGUACAGCUUAAUCACUUCUGGGACGUUCAUGAGACAGGAUGGCAGCGAAGAGAAGGCAAAGAAGUACGGUGCGCCCAGGGUGGUUUUCGUGGUUUUCCAACUCAAGGAAAAGGAAAGCGGAUAUCAACGAAUCAGAUGGAGAGCUUAACAAUGCUCACCCUACUACAGAGACUUUACUGGAUGAAAAAGAAAGACAAAGGAUAGAGGAAAAUGAAAGAGAGAAGAAAGAGAAAACAAAAAUGGUUGGUGCAAUUAGCAUCUUCCGCUAUGCAGAUGGCCUCGAUAUUUUCUUCAUGAUUAUAGGUUCCCUUGGAGCACUUGGGAAUGGGCUCUGUCUUCCCUUAAUGCACAUUGUGUUUGGUGAAAUGACUGACAGUAUUCUAUGCCAUAACUCAUCCCUACAAAAUUCAUCUGAAUGUGCAAAAUUUAAACCAAUAGAAGAACAGAUGGCCGUGUUCUCCUUGUACUAUGUUGCUAUAGGUGCUGCUGUUUUGGUAUGUGGAUAUGUUCAGGUCUCAUUUUGGGUUCUUGCUGCUGCAAGACAGACCCGAAGAAUGAGGAAAACCUUCUUCCACUCAGUAUUGUCCAAAGAGAUUAGUUGGUUUGAUGUCACCAAAUCAGGAGAACUUAACAGUCGUCUUACAGAAGACAUCAAUAAAAUUAACGACGGCAUUGGAGAUAAAGUUGGUCAUUUUUUGCAAAACUUCUCAACGUUCGUAGCAGGACUAGUCAUUGGCUUGGCGAAAGGGUGGCAGCUUGCCUUAGUGUACAUGUCAACCAGUCCGCUCAUGGCAUUAUCAUCAGCAUUUUGUUCUAAGAUGCUGGUAUCACUAACAAGCAAAGAGCUUACUGCAUAUGCAAAAGCUGGAGCUGUGGCUGAAGAGGUCCUCUCUUCUAUACGGACGGUGGUGGCAUUUGGUGGGCAAGAGAAAGAAAUCAAAAGAUACACAAAUAAUUUAGGAGAGGCCAAAGAACUUGGAAUCAAGAAAUCCAUUGCAUCUCAGCUGGCCCUUGGAUUUGUGUACCUCAUUGCUUAUGCUUCCUAUGGGCUAGGCUUUUGGUAUGGUACCAUCCUGAUAUUAGGAGACUACGGAUAUACCAUUGGAGAUGCAUUGGUGGUUUUCUUCAGUGUUGUGAUGAGCAGCUAUUGUAUUGGUCAGGCAUUUUCCCACCUUGAAGCCUUUUCUAUAGCAAGAGGGGCAGCAUUUGGUAUAUAUAAAGUAAUUGACCAGACAUCUGCAAUUGACAGCUUUUCAAUGGAAGGAUACAGACCAGAUAUUAUGAAGGGGAAUGUGGAAUUAAGAAAUAUCCAUUUUUGUUAUCCAUCACGUCCAAAUGUUCAGGUUUUAAAAGGACUUAAUUUGAUGGUGAAAUCUGGCCAAACAGUGGCACUGGUUGGCCAAAGUGGAUGUGGCAAAAGUACCAUAGUACAGCUGCUGCAGAGACUGUAUGAUUCACAGGAGGGAGAGAUUUUGGUUGAUGGCCAUAAUAUACGGUCUCUAAAUGUCAGGCACUACAGAGAGCUAAUUGGCGUCGUCAGCCAAGAGCCGGUACUAUUUGGAACAAGCAUCAAAAACAACAUAAGAUAUGGGCGAGAAAAUGUGACUGAUGAAGAAAUUGAGAAGGCAGCCAAAGAAGCCAAUGCCUAUGACUUUAUCAUGGGCCUUCCCGAGAAAUUUGAAACCCUAGUUGGAGAAAGAGGAGCUCAGCUAAGUGGUGGCCAGAAGCAAAGAGUAGCCAUAGCUAGAGCCUUGGUCCGAAAUCCUAGAAUACUCUUACUGGAUGAGGCUACCUCCGCCCUUGAUACCGAGAGUGAAUCCAUCGUACAGUCUGCUCUAGAUAAGGCCAGCAAGGGUCGCACAACAAUUGUCAUUGCUCAUCGCCUGAGCACAGUGUGGACAGCAGAUCGUAUUGUAGUGUUGGAGAAUGGGACUAUUGCUGAACAGGGAACUCAUGUGGAAUUAAUGGAGAAGAAAGGAAUAUAUCAUUCACUAGCAACAGCUCAGUUUAUACAAGUAGAAGAGGAUAAUGAUGAAGAAGACACAAUUAAUGAUGAAACACCUGGAACACCCUCUGACACAAGGUCUCCAAAGCACAAAUCCACUCCGAAUAACUUCAUAGAGGAAAAAAAAGAGGAUGAAAAUGAAGCUGACGAGAAGGAUCCUCCAAAUGUUUCGUUUUUUAAGCUUUUAAAAUUAAACCAAUCAGAGUGGCCUUACAUCUUGGUUGGGACAUUGGCGUCAUUGAUCAACGGAAGCGGUCAUCCUAUGUUUUGUAUUUUUUUUGCCAAAAUUAUAGCUCUCUUUGGGAUUGAUGAUCCUGAUACUAUAAAACGUGAGUCGGAUUUGUACUGCAUCGCCUUUUUAAUCGUUGGACUUUUAGCCUUUGUCACCAAUUUCCUGCAGGGCUUCAUGUUUGGAAGAUCAGGUGAAGUUUUAACUAUGCGGCUGAGACACAUGGCAUUUAAAGCAAUGUUAAGGCAGGAUGUUGCAUGGUUUGAUGAUAAGAAAAAUAGCACUGGAGCUCUGACAACCAGACUUUCUAUGGAGGCUUCACAAAUCCAGACCGCAACAGGAUCCAGGCUUGGCUUAGUUGCACAGAAUUUGGGCAGUAUGGGUCUGUCCAUCAUAAUUGCUUUUAUUUUUGGUUGGGAGAUGUCUCUGCUGAUCAUGGCAAUGACUCCCAUUCUUGUGACCACUGGACUACUGGAGACCAGAGCUCUGGCUGGCUUUGCAAAUCGAGAUAAAAAAGAGCUUCAACAGGCUGGAAAGAUUGCAACUGAAGCUGUGGAUAAUAUUCGAACUGUUGUAUCAUUAACAAGGGAGACAACAUUUGAGAAGAAUUACACUGAAAGCUUACAGAAACCAUUUAAGAAUUCACAACGUAAAGCUCAGAUAUAUGGCAUAUGUUUUGCCUUUAGUCAGUCAUUCAUAUAUUUUGCCUAUGCGACAAGCUAUCGUUUUGGGGCUUAUUUAAUUCAAGAAGGUAGAAUGAAUGUCGAAGAAGUGCUUCUUGUAUUUGUCAUUCUAACAUAUGGCGCUGUGUCAGUAGGACAGACUUUAUCAUUUGCUCCAGACUACGCCAAAGCCAAAUCUGCAGCUUCCCAUCUUUUUGCAUUGUUUGACAGAGAGCCAACUAUUGACAGCUACAGUCUCCAUGGUCUGAAACCAGGCAACUGCCAAGGAAAUUUAGAACUGCGUCAAGUUUCCUUCAAUUACCCAUCUCGUCCAGAUGUGUCAGUACUGCAAGAAUUCUCUGUAAGAAUAUCCAACGGUCAGACUGUGGCAUUUGUGGGCAGCAGUGGAUGUGGAAAAAGCACUUCUAUCCAACUCUUACAGAGGUUUUAUGAUCCCCUUCAGGGGGCAGUGCUAUUUGAUAACAUUGAUCUAAAAUGUUUAAACGUGCAAUGGCUGCGUUCCCAAAUUGGUAUUGUGUCCCAGGAACCUGUACUGUUUGACUGUAGCAUUGCUGAGAACAUAGCCUAUGGGGACAACUCCCGUAUGGUCUCCAUGGAGGAAAUACAGCAGGCCGCCAAAGCAGCCAAUAUCCAUUCUUUUAUUGAAGGAUUACCCGAGAAAUAUAACACAAAAGUUGGAGAUAAAGGAACUCAGCUCUCAGGAGGUCAAAAGCAGAGGAUAGCCAUAGCCAGGGCACUUAUACGCUCCCCAAAACUAUUACUGCUGGAUGAAGCCACUUCAGCAUUGGACAACGAAAGUGAAAAGAUUGUACAACAAGCUCUCGAUGUAGCCAGGAAAGGAAGGACUUGCAUCAUAAUCGCCCACAGACUGUCCACAGUCCAGAAUGCUGACCUUAUUGUUGUUAUGAAGAACGGCAGGAUAUUAGAACAUGGAACCCAUCAACAGCUUCUGUCAAACCGAGGGGCAUACUACCAAUUAGUAAAUGCACAGACAAUAACUUAGAGAAAGUCAUAAAGCAAUUAACAAAGAAUUUCAGGUUUGCUUAUUUUUACUCUGUUCCAAGCUGGACCAAUGUAACUAUGUGUAUACCAUACCUGUGGGAUCCCUCUAGA